UCAAGUGGUGCCCCGCCCCUCCCACUUUCUGCCUGCCACAGAAGACUCGAAAAGCAACCAAAAAUAUAUUUAAUGUCGAAGUAGCAUCUUAAAUGUCUCUUUCUUGUCGCUUUACUUGCACUUUUUAUACAUUUCCCGUCAACAUGUAACACGAGACGGCUUCAUGUGGCGUCGACUCUGCUACACGCCUCCAGUCAAAUAAAAGCAGCCCUUCUGAGAAGAUGGACGUGUGAGUUGCUGAAAGGCACAGAAACUCAGAAAAGAGGCCUCCCCUUCACUCACAAAAGCUGAGAGGACACAGUGCAGCCUUAAAAAGUUGUCAUGAUUGCAGAUGCAGAGGGGAAAGGACCUCCAGCUGCAGAGUCGACAGCAGCACACAUGUCUUUUUGUAACAACCAGCAGGUACAAAGUGGGGCAUCGGUGUCAUCCUUGCCUGGGGCUGCCUUACAGCCCCCUGCCUCCACUACUACUGAGGAAGACGAUGAAAGUGAAGAUGAGUCAGACAUCCUGGAGGAGAGUCCGUGUGGACGUUGGCAGAAGCGCAGAGAGGAGGUGAAUCAACGUAAUGUACCUGGGAUGGACACAGCGUACUUGGCCAUGGACACAGAGGAAGGGGUAGAGGUGGUGUGGAAUGAAGUCAUGUUCUCAGAGAGGAAGAACUUCAAACUGUUGGAGGAGGAGGUGAAAGCCGUAUUUGAUAACCUUAUCCAUUUGGAGCAUGCAAAUAUCGUCAAGUUCCACAAGUACUGGAUUGACACUAAAGAGAACCGGGCCCGGGUGAUUUUCAUUACAGAGUACAUGUCAUCAGGAAGUUUGAAGCAGUUCCUGAAAAAGACCAAAAAGAAUCACAAGGCCAUGAAUGAAAAAGCUUGGAAGAGAUGGUGCACACAGAUCCUGUCAGCUCUCAGUUAUCUCCAUUCAUGUGACCCACCCAUUAUCCACGGCAACUUAACCUGUGACACCAUCUUCAUCCAGCACAAUGGCCUGAUCAAGAUAGGAUCAGUGGCUCCAGACACCAUCAACAACCAUGUGAAGACGUGCCAUGAAGAACAGAAGAACUUGCAUUUCUUUGCCCCAGAGCAUGCAGCCGUCACUGAUGUCACCACAGCUGUAGACAUCUACUCGUUCGGCAUGUGUGCCCUCGAGAUGGCUCUUUUGGAGAUCCAGGGAAGUGGGGAGUCUUCGUAUGUUUCUGAGGAGGCCGUCAACACUGCUAUACAGCUUCUGGAGGAUCCACUGCAGAGGGAGCUAAUUCAGAAAUGCCUGGAGAGUGAUCCAUGUACGAGGCCCACUGCCCGAGAGCUGCUGUUUAACCAGGCUCUGUUUGAAGUGCCACUACUGAAGCUACUGGCUGCUCACUGUAUUGUCAGCCAUCAAUACAUGAUUCCUGAAAACGCCUUGGAAGAGAUUACAAAAAACUUGGACCCCAACCUGGUUAUCGCCGACAAGAAAGAUGAUGUCCAACUCAAGCUGUCACAGUUCCCUGCCUUAGAGCUUGAUAAGUUCCUGGAAGAUGUGCGAAACGGUAUUUAUCCCAUGACAGCCUUCGGGCUUCCCUCUCCGAAGCGGCCCAAACAGGUGAAUGUUCAGUCCCCAGUUGUCAUUCCUUUGGUAAAGUCCCCCACACCUGAACCUGCAGAGCUGGAGACACGGCGGGUCAUUCAGAUGCAGUGUAACGUAGAACUCAAUGAGGACGGAACCAAAUAUCAUCUGACAUUGCUCCUGAAGCUGGAGGACAAGCUGAACAGACAUCUAAGCUGUGACAUGUUACCUCAUGAAAAUGUUCAAGAGUUGGCUGGAGAGUUGGUGCAACUGGGCUUCAUCUGUGAGAUGGACCAAAACAAAAUAGCCUCUCUCCUUCAAGAAAACUUCAGCCAGGCUUUUAACUAGCACCAAAUACUCCAAAAAAACACGUCUGUUACAUUUUCCCUUGAAGCACUCAACAUGCUGGAUUUCUUUUUUGGUCUUUUUAUUCUUUUUUUUUUUUUUAAACAGGGUCUUACAUUGAAUGUAACCAAAAUCAGACUGUUACAUCAGGGAUGAAAACUUCACAAGUGCAUUUAGAAAAGAGUACAAAUGAGAUUUAAUUCUGUUGUGAACUCCAUUCAGGAACUACCAUUCAUUGGGAGGAGAGACCAAAUAAUAUAAAUAAUAAAUAGUGCUACUGUGCCUUUUUAUGCAUGAUUCCACAUAUUUGAUGGACUCUUAGCUGUCUACAUGAUGGCACAUUCCCAGCACCCUGUCAGGUUCGAUGUUGUAAGUAUUAUUAUUCUCACAAGUGUAGUAGAACAUAACAUAGCCAUGGUUCGUAUGUUAUGAAAGCCUUAGAAACAAGAGCACAAAUAGUGUAGUGACAAUCUUGCCGAGUAUCCGUGGAAAUGUUACUUUAGAGGGACUGUGAACUUAGUGUUUACUGUUUGUUUUUUUACAUGUUUGUCCACUUUAAAUCAUCUCAUCUCAGUUCACUUGUUUUUGCUUUCACCUAAAUUGGCUAUUAUUAUGGUGUGCCUUUUUUUAUUUUCUUUUUUUUUACACUGAACUGAAAUUGGCUUCUACCCCAUCAACCAUCUAUCCGUACAAGUGUUUUAUUUAUGUUACCAAUACUGUAUGUUUUUUUUUUCACACCAUCAUGGUAAGUAUCUGAGCCACUUUGCAAACGUUACUACUUUUGCUGUUGCAUUCACUUCAUUGACAGAUCCACUUGGAUACAACGUUCUGCAUCACCAGGUAGUGUUUUUAAGUAGUUUUAGUAAGAUCCAGGUGUUGCCUUGGACAUUGUGCCUGAGACCUUCAUGAUCACAGAGUAAAUGGUAUUUGACAGCAAGGUGCUGUGUGUUGAUCACAAAUGUCCAAUCCAACAAUCCAUUAUAUAAUUAACCAUGAGACGCUAACUGAAUCACAAUCAAUUUUAUGAAAAGGUUAGCUGUGUGUAUCGGUGGUGUGGACAAUGGUUGUGUAUUAUAGUGGGGGAUUUUUCUCAGAGGCUGUAUUCGGGUUCUGUAUAUGACAUGAAUGUCAUGAAUUAUGUAUUUUUUUGCUCAAAUUUGCAACUGCUCUUUCAAAUAAAUGUGUGAAAAAUCCCCUUUUUCUGUAGAACAAAAAAACAGCCGCGUGUUAUGCUGUCUUUGGCCAACUGCUCAAGAUUGACACUGUCAAUAAAGACGUAUAAACCCAUUCAUUGGGUUUAUACUGUGGCGUCCCACAAGGCCUUUUCUGCAGGCCUAAACACUAUCAGCCCUGACCUACAUUUACAACAUAAAUUCCACUCUAUGAAAUUAUUUUUAUUUAAUCUUCAUUUAGUAGCAUGUCUCUUGGCUGCACUGCUUCCAGUGCGUGUAUGAGUCAGAGUUCAUCUUCUCUGUUGCUAGGCCAUCUAACAUGCCCAGGGCCUUCAGAAUCAGUAGUCCUGCCUCAUGUCACAACAUAACACAUUAGCAACAUGGCUGUUGAGCUAGCAGGCGUACAGUAACGUCAGCAUUCCUCUCGUUAAUGUCUGAAAGCCAACACCUAGCGUUACGCAGUGCACUUGAACGACUCGUCACAUGAUCAGCGCAGUGUUUAACUGAUUUGUUCCAUUAAUUUUCUAUACCAUGACUUUAGAGACAAUGUAUAGAAAGAUAAAGGCUUUACUGAGUUUCCCGCUUUAGUAUUAAUGGCAUUAAUUUCCAAUUCAGUAAAGCCAUGGAUUGUUAUAUUGCAUUUUUGUGUGUUAUUAAUGGUUUGUAUGAGGUGCAUUGGGUUUGUUGAAAUCCCUAAUGACGACGAAGGUACCAAAUGCAUGCAUUUCCCGCCAAUGAUUUAUAGCAUCGAAAUUCAAAAUAUAUCUAGUGGAUUGUCUCUGGCUGUAUUUAUAGUAUUUAUU